UCGGCAGCCAGGCUUUCUGAUCGGUGCCGCGCGCCAGGAGGCUUUGCUCGGGGGAUAAUUCUCGGUGUUUCGCCCGCAGCGGCAUUCUCCCGACGGUGCCAACCAGCCGGUGCAGAUCCCAACACCGGCCGCUAAGGACCCGCAGCUCCCUUCCCUUUUACUUCUACCAUCGUAGCCCAGUCUGCCAGUCAACGACUACCUCUUACUGAGCUCCGACUUUACCUAUUCUGGAUCCCUUACGGCCCCCUUCGCACAUUUGCUCGUCAUUCUCCAACGUCCCUCUUAGACAUAAUCCCGUAUCAACCAGGCUCUCUCCCGUACGCUCAAGUGAAUCUCCAAGCUGCUCAAUUACGUCUUGGACGAACAACGAACAAAGCGCACGCACGCAAGCACACACAAACACAUAAACACACAGGCACCCGCCAUGGGCUCAGUCACGCCACCUGAGGAGCGAGAGCCGAGCUUCAUAAAUGGCCCCAAGGUAUCUCUCAAAGACUACGCGCGCUGGCGCCCAUCAUAUCAUCUCAUCGCGUCAAGGGGGUGGAUGAAUGACCCCUGUGCCCCAGGCUACAUCCCCUCAACAAACACAUACCACGUGGGUUUCCAGUGGAAUCCAAACGGGGCCGAAUGGGGCGACAUUGUUUGGGGAAAGGCCUUCUCAUCUGACCUGGUAUCAUGGGAGGUCCCUGAGGCCCCAAGUCUGAAGAGAGAUGCCCCCUACGACUCCGAGGGCGUCUUCACGGGCUGCUGGAGACCAACAGGCCUGGACGGAAAGCACAAGGCCGGUGCUGACGGCACAGGCGAGGUCAGCUUCAUCUAUACCAGCGUCUCAAGGCUGCCCAUACACUACACCAAGGAGUAUCAUCGCGGCUGUGAGACACUGAGUCUGGCAACAAGCAAGGAUGGCGGCCGUACGUGGGCAAAACAUGCUUCUAACCCCAUCCUGCCCGGCCCACCAGAAGACAUUGCAAUCACCGGGUGGCGGGACCCUUUUGUGGCGACCUGGGCUGGGCUGAAGGAGACUCUCGCUCGGCGCAAGCCCCAACACAUCGGAGCCGGCGUGGAAGAGGAACAGGAGCCCCUUUUUGGUAUCAUCUCAGGAGGCAUACGCCAUGAGACCCCUGCUACAUUCCUCUACAAGGUCGACCCGACUGAUCUCACCAAGUGGACCUAUAUAUCCCCACUAACAGCGCCGGGCCUCAACUUUGCACCUUCGCGCUGGACAGGCGAUCUGGGCGUGAACUGGGAGGUGACCAACUUCUUGUCCCUAAGCUCUCGCAACAACAAACACAGCCAGGACUUCCUCAUUUUCGGCGCCGAGGGUUGUCAGCCCCCGCACGGCGGUAGCGGUGUCAUUCCCGGCACCAAGAGAUGCCCCCGGGCGCAACUAUGGAUUGGAAUUGACCCAGCCCGGGGUGAAUCUGAGCAUGGUGCCUUGACCGAAUUUUCGUACGGCGGGGCCUUCGACCACGGUCUAUACUACGCAGCCAACGGCUUCUUCGACCCGGUGACCCAGCAGCAGGUCGUUAUUGGCUGGGUCACAGAGGACGACAUACCCGUUGAGAUGCAGACGAACCAGGGCUGGAGCGGAUGUCUCUCACUACCCAGGGUCGUCUCCCUUACCGCCAUCGACAAUGUCGUCCGAGCAACCACGUCUGACCUGAAGAGCAUCACCAACGUCAAGGCGACUCCGACUCCUGGACAAGACGAUCUGUUCACUGUGCAGACCCUCGGAAUUGCCCCUGACCGGCGCCUGCAGAGGCUGCGCAACGGUGCGGCGAAACGGACUGCACAGCCUGGCAAUCUCGAGAACAUGGCCCAGACAGCACGAAACUUCCUGGCCCUCCGGACUGCGCAGUGGGAGGGGCAGGCCUCGUUCUCGUCAGCCUCGUCAGCCGAACGCACCGGCCUGAUCAUCCACCAUGCGGGUACCUCUCAGACGACCAAGCUGUACUUUACACCAGCCGACGAGACGUUCAUCAUUGAGCGCCCGGAUUUCUUUGCCCCGCCGUCCUACAAGGGCGACAGGGAAGACACGAAGCUGCAGACCGAGACAGCACCCUUUACACUCUUCACAACGCGCGAUGCACAGACCGGCGCCGAGGUCGAGGAGAGGCUUACGGUGAGUAUCUUUUAUGACGGCAGCGUGCUCGAGGUAUUUGUGAACAACAGGGCUGUCAUCACCACGAGGGUCUACCUGGAGGAUGCUAGGUGCAGCGGCUUGGAGUUCUUCGCCGAAGGAGGUGAUGUCGUGCUGGAGGAGGCUGUUGUUUGGGACGGCUUGUCUGCAGCUGCAUGAGCCUAAGGGGCCCAGUGUCUGCACAUAAAUAAGUGUGGAUGCCACAAGCAGAGUGGCAUUUUUCGGCGUCUGGGAUAAAUUGGUUGAUAUGGUUGAAGGAGCAUGGAGUUCUGGGACUUUGGAC